UGGGAAUGUUUUAAUCGUACUUAAGUUUGACACAAUUUUGCAUUAAUUUAGAAAAUUCAUUUUUGAUCUCUGUGACACAACAAAUAAUAUCAGAUUUGUUUCCCGCGCAUUGCCUAUGAACUUUUCCCGCUAAAGGGGAUAUUAUACAUUUUCCUUACUUAGGUCCUUUAUCGCACUAGUGCACGACGAAUCUUCUUUCCUUUUCCGGCAACAACUAGGCCUCCGCCGCUGUUCGCUUUUGGUGCUGUUUUUCCGGAAUCGGAAACCAAGAGGAGAAAGUUAUCUUCUCGAGGGCUUGUCCACUCUGGUUUCAAAGUUUGUUAGAUGAUGGAUAUCACCAUUGACGAGCUUCAUAGAGAAAAAGAUGCUUCAGAGACUUUGACUACAGCUCAUUUCCAAGCUCCUUCCAGUGAUCGUCCCAUGUUUUGGACUAUAUGUCCAUUUUGUACUGUUAGGUACAGAUCCUAUAAAAGCCUUCUCAACAGACCGAGCCGGUGUCAAUCUUGCUACAUCAACUUCUUUGGGAACCAAGUCCCUGUUCAAGGCCCUACACCAGGGGAAAAAACAAGUCAGACAACUUUGCCUACUAUGGAGAAAACUGCAGUGAGUCAAAACCAUGUUAUUAGGAGCAAUUUGGCUAAUUCGACACCCAAGAACCAGCUUCAGCCGCAAAAAGCUCGACCUCAGACAGUUCCAUUCAGAUCCUGUCCAAGCUUUUGGACUAUGUGUCCAUUCUGUGCGAAUAAGUAUCGUUUUCUGAGAAAGUAUAUCAACAAAUGGCUCAAUUGUCAGAAGUGCAAGAAGAAGUUUCAUGCGGUUGAAGUGAAUUUCUCCUUGCUCCAACCGAAAACAGUCCCAAGUAAGAAUCCAGGCACACAUUUGUCUAGGGAGGAAAGUUCCCCAGGGUUGAGCUGUGGUGAGAAGAGACAGAGGAAUGAGUAUGGUGAAAUUUCCAAUACUGCAAAUUGCAGCAACUCUGAAGAUGUUAUUGUAAAUCUAAGUAAAAAUGGCAGUAGAAGGGUGUUGGCUGAUAAUGGAGAUGCAGGGGAAGAUUCUGGAAGCAGAAAGCAACUCCAUGAGGUUGACCUAUUCAAAGAAACAUUGCCAAAUGUCAUGAACAGGAAUGGUCAGCUAAAUAAGAAACAAUAUGCUCAAGUGGGAGCUGCAAUGGGGAUUGCUCAAAAUAUUGAGGCAGAUAAAAACUCCGGUUUUUGUGAUACAAGUUCUGAAGUUGUAGUACAGCCAAAGACUUCUGAGUGUGCUGGUCCAAUGUUUAACGACAGUAGGAGUGAUUUGCUUGUGUUGACACCCAAGAAUCAGCACGAAAAAGCUCAAGCUUUCUCCUUGCAACAACAGAAUAAAGUUCCAAGUAAGAAUCCAGGCACCCAUUUCUUUGGAAAUGAAAGUUCUCCAGGUUUGAGCUUUGCUGUGAAGGUUGGUGAGAAGAGAAAGAGGAACGAGUAUGGUGAAAAUUGCAAUACUGAAAAUCACAGCAAGUUGGAAGAUGUUAUUGGCAGUGCUGUACACAAUACUAGAAGAGGAACCAAUGAUAAUGAAAAUGCAGGAAGGCUAGAAGCGUCUGGAUGGGGGAAGCAACUUCAUGAAGUUGAUCGUUCUGAUGAAACACUGCCAAAUGUCAUAAAGACGAAUAAGAAGUUGAAUAAAAACCAAUAUGCUUCGGGGAGCUCUGGUUUAUGUGAUCCAGGUUCAGGAAAGAAUCGAGACACAAAUUUCUUUGGAAAGGUAAGUUCCCCAGAUUUGUGCUGUGCUAUGAAUGUUGAUGAGAAGACAAAGUGGGAUGAGUAUUGUGAAGAUUUUAAUACUGAAAAUUGGAGCAAGGCUGAAGAUGUUAUCGUAAAUCUAAGUAAAGAUGGCAAUGGAAGACUGUCGGAUGAUAAUGGAGAUGCAGGAGAAGAGUCUGGAAGCGGAAAGCAACUCCAUGAGGUUUAUCUUUGCAAAGAAACAUUGCCAAAUGCCAUGAACAAGAAUGGUCGGCUGAGUAUGAAACAAGAUGCUCAAGUGGGGGCUGCAACGGGGAUCUCUCUGAAUCUCGAGGCAGCUAAAAACUCUGGUUUUUGUGAUAAAAGUUCAGAAGUUGUAGUACAACCAACGACCUCUGAAUGUGCCGGUCUAAAGAUCAAUGACUUUGAUAAACUGAGGGAAGAAGUAAAAUUUGCAGUUGGCCAGGCCUGGGCUCUUUAUGAUACAGAUGGGAUGCCUCGAUUGUAUGCUCUGAUCAGAAAAGUUUCAUCUCCUUGUUUUCGGCUUAGGAUCACAUAUCUAGAGCCAGUUCCAGGUAACGAGAAAGAGAUCCAAUGGUUUGAAGAAAACUUGCCUGUUUCUGUUGGUAACUUCAGGCUUGGGAAAAAUCUGAACACAAAAGAUCGUUCCAUAUUCUCUCAUCAUAUCGCAUGCCGUGAAGGAAGCACUGGUCAUAUUGCUGUCAUCCCAAGAAAAGGCGAGACUUGGGCAUUGUUCAAGAACUGGGAUAUUAACUGGUCUUCAGAGCCAGAUUCUCACCGCAAAUCUGAGUAUGAAUUUGUCGAAAUUUUGUCAGAUUACGCUGAUGGAGCUGGUGUAUCUGUUGCGUUCUUGCGUAAAGCAAAAGGCUUUGCAAGUGUGUUCUUUCGAUUGGGAACUAGUAAUGCAGACAUAUCGCAGAUUCUACCUCACAGUUUAUAUCGGUUCUCCCAUAGGAUUCCUUCCUUCAACCUGACUGGAAUUGCAGGAAAAGGUAUGCCAAAAGAUGCUUACGAGCUGGACCAAGCUCUAUUACCUGAAACAAUCGAUGAGAUAAUUGUCCCUCCACAUCUAUUAGCAGAGCCUAAACCAGAAGCUCUCUACUUUCCUCGUGAUGGAAAGGUUUUCCAAACUGGCCAGAUCUGGUCAUUUUACUAUGGUAACGUUAACUUGCCUCUAUACUACUGUAGGAUACAAAGGAUCACUUUAACUCAGGCAUUCGAGCAGGAAGCAGAAUUUAAACUAUCUGUAAGUCGGUUAAAGACUAAUCCUUUCCCUGAGAAUGUCAUUCAGUGGGAGGACAAGAGAAUGCCUGUUGGCUGUGGAACUUUCUCGGUGAGGAAAUGUUUCGAAGUACUCACUCCAGAUGAUGUUUUACAUCAGAUAGUGUCUCAAACCUCCAUGGAUGGAAAUGAUUAUACCAUUCUUCCCAAGAUUGGGGAUGUUUGGGCCAUAUACAGAUUCUGGACUUGUCACAAGGAGUUCAAGGACAUUGGUUCCUGCAGCUAUGACAUUGUCGAAGUUCUUGAUGACACUGUGGACUAUAAGGUUUUAGCAUUGGAGGCCGCGAUGUUUUCUAAUGAAGAGGAAGAUAUAAAUACAUUCUUCAGAGCAGCUGAGAGUAGGCAUCCUGAUUGUGACAAUGAGGAUGGGUCAGAAGUGAUAUUUACAAUCCCCAAGUCAAAAAUGCUAAGAUUCUCGCAUCAGAUUCCUGCUUCCCGAGUAACCAAGGAGAUAGAUGGAGAUAAGAAAGAGUUUUAUGAAGUUGAUCCUAAAGCAUUACCUACAAACGUGAGGUUAAAAGACCAUUGAGCAAAGGGAGGAAAGUGAGGGAAGGGUAGAGAUGGAUUUCUUUUUGUUAACUUUUGGUGAGGGAAGGGAAGGGAAAUGUUUGUUUCUUUGGUUUAAGCAUGUGCUUCUUUUGUUGGUUCGAAAUCUAUGGAAAAUCAUGUAUUUUGAGAAGGUAGGAGAAUUCUAGCUUUUGCUCUCAUA